CACAGCCAUCAAGGGAAAUCCGCACCAUGUCCCGCCAGCCUCGCCGCGCGGCGCAGGCGGCACAGGAGCGGAUGCAGCAGCCAUACUUCGACCCGGCCGCCCGCGGCAGCGACGAGGAGGAGAGCGAUGAAGACGGGAUGUCGGCCAGCGGCGAAGAGGAGGAGGAGCCCGCGGCGCCGGCGCAACCGCUGUCAGCCUACGAGGAGGAGCGGCUACGCAACAUCGCCAGCAACCAGGCGGAACUCGUGCGGCUCGGUCUCGCGCCGCCCAGUACGGCGCCGCGGCCAAAGCGCAGGCCGGCCGCGGCGGCGGGCUCCUCCAGUGGCGGGGCGGCGGCGCUGAGAGCGGCAACCGCUGCGGGCUCCUCCAGCGGCGGCGUCCGCCGCGGCGGCGACGACGACUACAACGAUGGAAGCAGUGCCUCCUUGUCCGACGACGAGGGAGACGACGCCUCGCGCGCCACCGCUCCCGGAGGCGCCUCCUCCGUCGACCCAGCGGCCGACGCGGGCCAGCUGUUCAGGCUCCUGGUGGGCGAGGGCGGCCUGCUGCAGCUUGACAAGCUCGCGAGCGUCACUGCCGACCUGAACCUCGACUUCUCGCAAGAGGACCUGCAACACAUGAUCUCUCUUUUUGACAGCAACGGCCAGGGCGCGCUCGGCCUGGACGACUUCACGGCGAUCGUGCGCGCAGCUGCCACCGCCUGAGUGCGGCCUACGUGCGGCCGGCCGCUGGUAAGGAGGCCGGCCGCUGAAGGUGUGUACAGCGUCAUGCAUUGUACCCUACCUGUUCGAGAGUAGUGUGAGUCGCCCGACGCCGCCCCCUAGAUGCCGUAUGGCGCGCGCACACUCAUCGGCCCAUCAUCCCCGCGCCCAGCGCGCGUCAUGUGCGAUGUGUGCUGUAUGCGUAUGGCUGGCUAGGU